CUUACGUAUUGCAUAAACAGAUUAUAGUUAGUUUUUCGCGUUCCGUAGUUAAUUGAUAAGUUACCGUUAAAAUUGAUGAGGAUGCUUGUGAAAAAUAACGUCAAAUUUUUAAAGAGGGUUUUACAAUUAGCAAGCCAAAGAAGGUUCGCUGACUUCAGCUACCUGCACAAUGUUGGCAAAGAACCUUUAAGACCUCUGACGCUUGGACAACUGCUUGGUGAAAAAUGUGUUACUUUUGCUGAUGUCCCGGCCAUUAUAUCGGUCCACCAAAAUCAGAGGAUGAGUUUUGGAGAAGUGCUGGAUGAGGCAGAUAAGCUCGCUGCUAGUUUAAGGGCACUGGGUCUGAAAACUGGCGAUAGGGUGGGUUUGUGGGCUCCAAAUUUAAUCGAAUGGUAUGUGGUGCACAUGGCUUGCGCCAGGGCGGGGGUGAUAUUGGUAAAUAUUAAUCCUGCAUUUCAACCAAAAGAAAUCCAGUAUUGCAUCAAUAAAGUUGGGGUGAAAAGUCUUAUUUGUGCCCACAAGUUCCGGAAACAAAAUUAUUACGAUAUUUUGAACGUAAUAGCUCCGGAAUUAUCCAACAGCGAUCCAGGAAAAAUUAAAUGCAAAGCUGUUCCGUCACUGGAAAGCAUCAUCAUUAUUACCGAUGAAGAUCUAAGAGGAGCAUACAAAUAUCAGGAAAUUUUUGACCUUGCUACACCAGAAGGCAUUUCUUCCAUAAGAAGCUUGCAAAAUUCUAUACUAAUGGACGAGCCAGCUCAUAUCCAAUUUACGUCUGGUACCACCGGUCAUCCGAAAGCGGCAGCGGUGUCCCACUUCAGCAUGGUAAACAACUCACAUUAUGUCGGAAAGAGGAACGAGCUUGACAGAAAAUACCACAGAAUGUGUAUUCAGGUACCGCUUUUCCACGCAAUUGGUACCGUCAUAGCUAUCUUGGGCGGCUUACAUCACGGUGCUACCAUGGUACUGCCUUCAGCGGGAUACAAUCCGGAUAAAAAUCUUGACGCCAUAAGAGAUGAAAAAUGUUCUGUCAUCUAUGGUACACCGACUAUGUAUGUGGACUUGAUCGAUAGACAAAAGCAAAGAAAUGAAAUAAUCGCACCCGAAAUUGCUUGCGUCGGAGGUGCUGUAUGUUCGCCACAUUUGUUUACUGAGAUGAAAAACGUCUUGAAACUUAAGAGAAUGAAGUCAUUAUACGGUCAAACAGAACUGACGGCUGUAGCGUUUCAAACGCUGUACGAUGAAGAAGAACACCUGACACUUUCAACCGUGGGCUACAUACAGGAGCAUUUAGAAGCCAAAGUAGUAGAUUCCGAGGGAAAAAUGGUUCCUUUUGGAACUCCUGGAGAGUUAUGUGUGAGAGGUUACAGCAGCUUGCUCCGAUUCUGGGACGACGAUAAUAGAACUCAGGAGACUAUGGGACAAGACAAAUGGCUUAAAACGGGGGAUCAAUUUAUUUUGGAACCUUCGGGCUAUGGUAGAAUUGUUGGCAGACUCAAGGAAAUGCUCAUCAGAGGUGGAGAAAAUAUUUUCCCCAAGGAAAUAGAAGAUUUUCUUAUGACACACCCGAGCAUUUUAGAAGUUCAUAUCAUAGGUAUUCCUCACGAACGCUUGGGUGAAGAAGUGUGCGCUGUCGUCAAACUCAAUGAAGGUAAAUCGCUGAAUCUAGAAGAUAUUAGGAACUUCUGCCAAGGAAAUAUCUCCAAUUUUAAAAUUCCGACAAUGUUGAAGAUUGUUACUUCCUUUCCUAAAACCACUUCAGGAAAAAUCCAAAAGUUUAAACUGAUUGAAGCUAUUGUAAACAAUCAGAAACAAGAAAACGUUAAUCUGUAA